UGGAGUCAUGGCGCUCUUAUCCUCUCUCCUCCUUCCAAUCUCCGCCGUGCGCCGCCAUCCAUCACCAAUCUCCACCACUCUCCCUCCGUGGAAACUCGGCCUCAACCCGACAACAAACUACGCUGUCCGGUUUUUGUGUUCUCCUCUUGUACCACCUGUUCUUUUGGGUCAAAGGGUGUCCAGGUUUGUUAUCCCUGCCACCGCCACCGCCACCGCGGAGUAUCUGCUUCACGAUGCCGGAGCCACCGUGGCUGUUCUUGGUGGAGGGUAUGCCCUCGUUUUUGCUUUUGAUGAUCUCACCCGGAGGAAUUUCCUCAACCAGGAUCUGAGCAGAAAACUGGUCCAUAUAUUGUCUGGCUUGCUUUUUCUGGUUUCUUGGCCGAUUUUCAGUCGAGGUCAGCAUGAAGGCAACUGGGUUCCGCUCCCAGGUGAGCGGGCAGGGUCCGGGAGAGCCGCCCCAGCCGUCUGGGCUCCCAGUAACACCACUAAGGCUCGGUACUUUGCUGCUUUUGUUCCUCUUAUGAAUUGCUUGAGGCUUUUAGUGAAUGGUCUCUCAUUGGCUUCUGAUGAAGGACUGAUCAAAUCUGUGACUAGAAAAGGAGAUCCACGAGAAUUGCUAAAAGGUCCCCUGUAUUAUGUUGUGAUACUGAUGUUAUGUGCUCUUGUGUUUUGGCGUGAGUCCCCAAUUGGGGUAGUUGCCUUGGCAAUGAUGUCUGGUGGGGAUGGUGUAGCUGAUAUCAUUGGUAGAAGAUAUGGAUCAAUGAAGAUUCCUUAUAAUCAAAAAAAGAGUUGGGCUGGUAGCAUAUCCAUGCUUGUGUUUGGUUUCUUGGUUUCAAUUGGGAUGCUUUACUACUAUUCAAAUUUAGGACUCGUGCAGUUGGAUUGGGUGAGCACGGUACCCAGAGUUGCUUUUGUUUCUCUAGUGGCUACAGUGGUGGAGUCCCUUCCCAUUACUGAGGUAGUAGAUGACAAUAUAUCUGUUCCCCUAGCUACCAUGGCGGUGGCAUUUUUGGCUUUCCAGCAUUAACUCUUUGGGCCUAUUGGUCUACUUCCCGUGAAAUGUCAUAGAUGCCUUCCCGUGAAUCGAAUUGGAAUUGUCGUUAAGUUUGUAAACUGAAUAAAUGUCUAUUAGGAUUCACUUUCGGUGCUUUGCAAAUAUUGUCCUCUCGAGGAAGAUCAUUACCAUAUAAUCAGAAUGUAUAAAUAUCAAUGGCGAUGUAUAUGAA